CCUUGACCACAACCACCACCAUGCUCUCCACCGUCUUUGCCGCUGCCCGUCGCGCCCCGCUGCAGCCCUCAGCGCGCGCCCUGGCCACCUCAGCCGCGCGCCGCGUCCCGCACACGCCGGACAGCUACGCGAAGGACGUCGAUCAGAACGCGCCCGAGGACACGACGACGCACCGCGUCGACUCGUCCGGCGAUAGCGUGCAGCGCCCGCACGAGGCCCCGCAGAACAAGUACUCAGAGACGGGCGUCGAUGCUGGCGUGGACGCGUACGGGUCGGUUGACAAGAACAAGCUGUAUGACGCGCCUGGCGAGCCGACGCGUUAUGGUGGGCGCCCGGAGUACGGGAAGGACAACAAGCCUGAGAUCGAGGAAUACUCGAAAGGUGGACCUGACAGCAAGGAUGCUGGUGGCAGGAAGCCCGAGGGACGUUAGAAGUGUAGAAUGCAUUUGAACCAACAACGCAAAGCCCGCAAUGCUCAUCGUUAGCUGUACCAUAGCACAUCUUGCUCACCCCAAUGAACUGCUUCAUUCACGGACAACAAAACCCUCAGGCCGAGACCAUCCCCUUCGCAUAUCUCGCGCACGUUCGACCACGAUCGAAGUCCAACCAAUCACCGAAGCUGAAUUAUCGACCUUGCGUAUACAGGUAAGAAGAACGUCCGUGACAGCAAUAGUGCCGCCGGGCAAAUGGCCACCAAGCCGUCAGUCAAAGUACAACGACGGGCGCGGCGGGCCGUCUAGAGAAAAGGGAGCGUGUAUUUUGUU